UUAUUCCUCACGUUUUCACGGAUACAACGUGGGCAAAGGAGAAACGCCCAGCCAGCUCAGCCAGCUGUAUUACUCCGUACUGCACCCGCAGACAUACCGCAGACAUAAAGCAAAGGUCCAGUCUGAUAUACCAAGGUUCCCACGGACCAUUUCCCCUGAAAAACAACCAGGAGCGUACAUCUGCCGUUGUUUCCAAACUACCUUCUUGCAUACAACGGGACCAGUCAUCCAGGCCACACGAGACGAAAGCACAUCCCUUUUCGACAGCUCCUCAUUUACCCGUACCUUGCAGAUACCUCACAUCGACAUCACAUUCCCCAUACCACUCACCCAGACCAGACCCCUGGAACCUGGGAAAGAGGGGGGGGGGAGGAACAAGGGUGUGUAGUGCUGCAGCGGGCGGACCCUUUUCGCCGUUACAUACGCAAGCACACAAACUCACUCAUUGACCCGCGGAACCACUUGGCGGAUCUUGGAUCCCUUUUCCUCUGUCUCUUGUCUCCUGCCAGGCUAGGCUGGUCUACCUGUCUUCCGCCGCGCAACUGCCGCGAUGGGUCGACUCGCCGACGUCGCUACGUCGGCCUACGAGUCCGUGAGGGGCCUGCUGACGGGCAAGGCAUAUAAAUACAACGCCAUCCCUGACGAGGAGGGUGAGAGGGAUGAAGUCGAUGAGUAUCGUGAGAGCCACGCGCCAGACCCGAAACGUCGACUUUGCUUCCUCACAAUCGCCGCCAUGGCUUUUGCUAUUUUCCUCUCAUUAGCCUUGGGCUUCAGUCUCGUCAGCGGCCAGGCACCGCGCAACGGGCUCGAGUCCAUCUCGCAGUUCUGGGGCCAGUACUCGCCCUUCUUCCCCGUGCCGUCCGACAUCGACACCGCCACCCCGCAGGGCUGCGAGGUCACCUUCGCGCAGGUCCUCUCCCGCCACGGCGCCCGGGACCCCACCGCCGGCAAGACGGCCACCUACAAGGCGCUCGUCGACCGCAUCCACGCCAACGUCACAAACUACGGCAAGGGCUUCGAGUUCAUCCAGACGUACCAGUACACCCUCGGCGCCGACGAGCUCACCCCCUUUGGCCAGCGCGAGCUCGUCGACUCGGGCGAGGCGUUCUACAAGCGCUACCAGCCCCUCGCGGCCGCCAAUGACAUCUUCAUCCGCGCCUCGGGCCAGAACCGCGUCGUCGAGUCCGGGCUGAACUGGACCGAGGGCUUCUUCGGCGCCAAGCUCGCCGACGGUCACAGCGGGCCCGACGGCGGCAUCGUCAGCCUCAUCACCAUCAUCCCCGAGGAGAAGGGCGUCAACAACACCCUGGACCACGGCCUGUGCACCGCCUUCGAGGACGGCGCCUUCUCAAAGGUCGGCGACGAGGCGCAGGUGCCCUGGCGCGAGGCUUUUACGCCGGCCAUCACGGCCCGUCUCAACGAGAAUCUGCCUGGCGCGAACCUCACGGCCGAGGACACCAUCGCCUUCAUGCAGCUGUGCCCCUUCAACACCGUCGUCAACGGCACGCAAUCGCCGUUCUGCGAUCUCUUUACGCUGGAGGAGUGGAAGGACCUAGAGUACUACGAGACGCUGGGCAAAUACUACGGCUUCAACGCGGGCAACCCCCUCGGCCCCACCCAGGGCGUCGGCUUCACCAACGAGCUCCUCGCGCGGCUGACGGGCCAGGCCGUGGUGGACCGCACGUCGACCAACGCGACGCUGGACGCCGACCCGGCCACGUUCCCGCUCGACAAGAAGCUGUACGCGGACUUCAGCCACGACAACGACAUGAUGGCGAUCUACGGCGCGCUGGGCCUGUACAACGAGACGGCGGCGCUGUCCAAGACGAACCGGACGUCGGUGGCGGACGCCAAGGGAUUCACGGCCAGCUGGACCGUGCCGUUCGCCGCGCGCAUGUACGUGGAGAAGAUGAAGUGCGGUUCGGAUGAGGAGCUGGUCCGGAUUCUGGUGAAUGACCGGGUGGUUCCGCUCGUCGGGUGCGGCGCAGACGGGCUUGGGCGGUGUACGCUCGGGGCGUUUGUGGAUAGCAUGGGGUUUGCCAAGAGCGGAGGAAAAUGGGACCAGUGUUUUGUGUGAAUUUUGUUUGAUUUAAUACCCAGGAGUGUAAGGUGCCUUAGACGAAGGUAGACUUUGCAUUGCAUUACAGUACGGAGUAGUAGAUGGC